UUCAAUCUCUUCACUCUCCUUAACACGCCUUUUUCCGAGUGUUUUUCGACACCCCCUUCGUUCCCGGCGCAUUGCGGCCUCGCUCGGAAGCUUCGAGAACUCUCUCUCUCUCUCUCUCUCUCUCUCUCUCUCUCUCUCUACACCUUCUCUCUCUCCGCCGCCGCCGGCGGUGGCGCCGCCACCUCCGUCGCCGGAGAUCAUGGAGGUCGCCGCGCGAUCCACCCCUGAGCAAUUCAAGUACAAAAACCGCUUGCAAGAGUACGCACAAAAAUCUUCCAUUCCCCUGCCACAGUAUCAAACUGUUAAUGAAGGUUAUCAACAUGCACCACAAUUCAGAGCGACUGUUUACAUUGGUGGAGAGGUAUUCAAAUCACCUCACACAUUUGCUCAUCGAAAAGAAGCUGAGCAAGAUGUGGCAAAAUUUGCCCUUGAGAACUUAUCUAGGAAGAUAAAGCCUGUUGAAGAUAUUCCCCAGAUUAACCCCCAGAUUUACCAGAAUGCGGUGUUUUGUAAGUCUAUUCUCCAUGAGUAUACUGUAAAGGCACAUGCAGAGAAACCGAUGUACUCAACUUCUAGAUCAGAAGGGCAACUUCCUCUUAUCAUAGGGUCUGUGGUUCUUGAUGGAAAAACUUACAAGGGUGAUCCUGCAAGGAACAAGAAAGAAGCAGAACAAACGGCAGCUCGUGCUGCUAUCAAGUCUAUCUUAGAAAACACAAGCACAAGUAAUCUCAUGGCCAAAAUUAUACAAUCAAAGGCCCAGUUUUAUUCCGCACUGUGCAGAUACAUUGUCCCCACUUCUUCAGAGGGCAGCGAAGUUCAGGCUAUUUUAGGAGGUUCUGGGUUGGUUGGUGUUACAAAUUCUCAAGAAAUGCCUAUAGGGCCUGUGGGACAGUCACUUCCUCUCGUAAAUAAUAUUCUCAAGAAAGAAUAUACAUAUAAUCAAGGUUCUGCAGCAAAUGCAGAUGCACAACUGGCAAGUCUUGCACAAACUGGAUCAACUUUAAUUGCUUUCGAGUCGUCUGGUGAGUAUUAUCAUCCACAGGGUGAUCAAGUAAGAGAUGGGAGACAAAUUCUUGGACAACCGGCACAAAUGAAUGACUCUCAAAGUGAGCUUCAAAUUUGCUCAAGAAAGCGCUUAAUGGAGCAAAGUGAAGGGCAUCAGUUGAAGCAAGCACGAGUGGAUGGAUAGCAUCAUUCAACCAAUCACCAGUUAGUUACCUCUCGCAACACUACUCACCACCGCACCACAAAAUGCGACGAGAAAGUUCAUCUUCUCGGUGUCAGUUUUGAAGCUCCAAUGUAUUAAACCAGUGAAUUUGCGUAAUAUCCUGGUACUACUUACUAGUAUGAAAUGUUUCUAAUGUUGACAUGAUGCAGACUCCUGUUUACCUUAACAUCCCUGGCCAGUGAAGAUUCUUGUGCUCUGUCGGUUUCCAAUCCAAAUUGGUACUUUUCUUGUAAAGCAGGGAUUGCAUCUUUAAUGCAAAACGCUUGUAGUACAUUGUGCUUUUCCUUUGUUCUGCUGUGCUUGGGUAAA